CAGCCUGGUCAUCGACAAGAGCAACAGAAUCAACCAACAGGAUCAUUCCCUGCACCAUACUCUAGAGAUCUGACCCAUCGUCUUCAACACUCUUCAUCUGACCGUUCCUGUAUUGAUUAUCUUUGAAAAUGAAAGGCACAAUACUCGUUACCCUGGUGGUCCUAAUUGGCUUGGUGACCCCUCACGUGACUGCAGCUAACUUGGAACAUCUCUUCGAUGAUGAAGGGGACCUCCAAAUGUUUCUGGAUGAGGAGGCCAUAGGCGACGUCCUGGCUGCGAGCUGGUUCUCCAAAGCGAUCCACGAUGCCGGUUCUUGGACUAAGAAGGCGGUCAAAGAUGCCGGGGAUUGGACCAAGAAAGCCGCCAGUGAUGUUGCGGAUACUGUCAAGAAGGGAUGCGGUGUGGUCAACUCGCUGCCUGGAAAGGAGAUGGAGCUAAUGAUGCGUAGGGAUGAGGUCCUCCGCAAACGUGGGAUCAGUGAAGACCAGAUUGCCGCUGUGUACGGAGGUUACAAGAACCUAAAGAAUGCCUGCAAUAUGUUGGGUUAAAUACCAGAUGUACAGCAAAGAGGACAAGGACGAUCGAAAGGAAACACAUGUCAUGAAGCUCACCUUCCUCAUUUAAAUUCAUCAACAAUAAUUAUCAUCUGUUUAUCAUUUUUCUUAUAUACUUAGACAGAUAUGAUGCCCGAUCGCAGUUGAUUUACCGAUAAGCAAAGUCACUGCAGUUCUUGAUUCAUUUUUUUGUUUUCGCUUCAAAAUAAAAUGUAUGUUAUUAUUCCAAUAAUCUUUUAAAGCUUACAGUAUUUGCGUAACGGAAAGGGAUUUGUGAAUGACUUGACAUUUUAGUGAUCAUCGUGGGUAUAUAAAUAUCAAAACCCGCCGCUUCCACCCUCUUUUUAAGAAUGCAGCUUGAAAAAAUUGUGAAGACUAAGAAGUCCCCGUACAAAUUACAUGUCACGUCAUAUUUAAAAUAAUGAAGUUUUUUUCAUUCCAUGACAAACGGGUAUAAUCAUUGUAGUUUGCUGAUCGUUCGUCUGAGUAAAUUAAAAUAAAUUGA